GCUUAACUGUUGAAGAAUAUUACUGUUUAUGUGCAAACUCUGAACUGUCCUUUAAUAACUAAAAUGGACAUGCCAUCAAGCUGUUGUUGGUGAAAGUCAAGAUGGUUUCUUCACACUAAAACAUUAUCAAACAGUUUUAAUACAGAACAACACCAUGUGACGUGGGGCAGCCCUGAAUUCUCAGCUGAUCUUAUUUAUCGAAGAUUAUAGAACACAGUCAUGCAUUUUGGCCCUUUAUUGACGAUAAUUCGAAGCUUAGACGAUAGAAAAGAGAGAAGACUACAUUUGAGACGACGUCAAGGAGAGAAAGCUCGCUUAAAGGGCCAGGAAGGUGCAAAAGAAUCAAACCACACUUCCAAAACAACCCUAUAUCAAGUAAAGCUCAAAAGCAAAUUACAUGAUGCCAAGGACAAUGCACAGUCUGUGUAUGCAGUCUUUAGGUUUGGGUUGUGUGCUGGUAUGUUUGUAGUACUCUUUACAGUAAUGAUUGUUGCAGCAAUUAAGUCAGAAACAGACAUACAAUGGAAGCCAGCAUUCAGAAUGUACAGAGGACUUUUUAUGUUCAUAUUAUCAUUCUUCUUAUUUGGUAUCAAUAUUUGUGGAUGGAAGGCUGCUGGCAUAAACCAUGCUAAAAUCAUUGAAUUGGACCAUGGUCAUCUUAGUGCUUUACAAAUACUUGAGCGUGCAUCAUUCUUUGCUGCAGUUUGGGGUAUAAGUGUGGUGCUGUUUAUUUUCUCACAUCAGUUCAGUAUUUCAAGCUAUUUCCAUCCAUUGGCUUUGACUUGUUUUCUUGUACUGUUCUUCUUUAAUACAUUAAAAAUCUUUCAUCGGAGUGCAAGGUUUUGGUUGAUUCGAACUCUGUGGCGCAUAUUCACAACACCAUUCCAUCCAGUUGGUUUUGCUGAUUUCUGGUUGGCUGAUCAACUUAAUAGUCUUGUUAUUGCUAUUCUUGAUCUUGAAUACAUUGCUUGUUACUAUGCCCUGGACUUUUACUCUGUUCAAGACAGAACGCAAUGUGGAAGCAAAUUGUAUGGCAUUAGACCACUUGUUGCGUGCUUGCCUGCAUGGUGGCGAUUUUCACAAAGCUUAAGAAGAUAUCAUGAUACUAAACAAAAAUUUCCUCACCUGGCUAAUGCAGGGAAAUAUUCCACUACAUUCUUUGUGGUAUUCUUCUCCACGAUUGCUACUUCACGRAAAGAAGAAACAGGAGCAACUCAGUUGGACUUCUACUUCUUUGGUUGGGUGAUGGCAGCWUUUGUUAGUACAUGCUAUACUUUUGUUUGGGAUAUCAAAAUGGACUGGGGUCUCCUUGAAAGAGAGGAUAAGUUGUUGAGAACUAGACGCAUGUUCAAGCAUAAGAGUUUUUAUUACUUUGCCAUGGCUAGUGAUCUGGUUCUGAGAUUUUCGUGGAUUUUGACAUUAUCUAUUGGCGAGGCGGGGCUUUUUCACUCAGAAGUAUUAACGGGGUUUUUAGCUGUUUUUGAAAUAUUUAGGAGAUUUAUUUGGAAUUUUUUCCGAGUUGAAAAUGAACACAUUAAUCGAACGAGGUUCGACGUGACGGACCACAGUGUCGAAGAGCUACAGGAAUACGAAGAAGAKGAUGAUGAAGAAGAAGAGGAAAAAGUAGGCAGUGAUCAUUAGCAGUCGUGACCGUGAACGAAUUAACAUUAUUCUAAAAGGCUGCUAUCAAUACAAGACAAAGUCUUUUAGACCAGGUUAAUUUCUUUCUUUAGAUCYAAACUAUAUGAUAUAAUUUAAUACAUUUUCAAAAAUAGCUCAUUUUAGACAUAAGCAAUCAAAAAAUAUUAAAUAAA